AUGAAUGUCGAACGCUGCAUCAGCCUUCACAACGAAAUCGUACGACACGGCUGGGUCGGCUCAGGACGGUCCCCAGAUACCCUCGCCUCGCAUAGCAAAUCCUGGUUCGAAGUAUUUGGCGAUGAAGCUGAAGUCGAACGGUCUGCACUCUCACCCGACCUAGUCCAAUUCCUCGAGCACCGGAAAAAGGAGGGAGACAUCGAGAAGAGUGGCCUAAGUAUUCGAAGACACAACCUCGAUGUGUUGGAGAAGCUCGUUGACGCGAUUGAGAGCCGCAUGCCUACAGCGAGUAGAUCACAAGCAACCGACUCACCUGCAUAUGGCCUGUUGGACGACAACAUACGUGACACAAUAGACCUCCCUCAGCGAUUCGCAUUCAACUUCCUAUUCCGCGCCCGCCGGCCUCGCUUCAAGAUGAUAGCUCCCGGUCUCCGCAUUAUCCCAUCCGCAGACUUUCCGGACCAACCCUUCCGCUCCUACAUGUCCAAAGACAAAGAAGAAGUGCCACCCGUACUACUCUUCCAGUCCGACCUAAACUUCUUCGAAGACCCAACCUGGACUCCGCAAAGUCCAGACGACGCCAUGGUGCCGAACUUCUUCGACUACCGCGAUAUCAAGACUUACCCUUCUGGCUUGUACCUACUGCCUACUAAUCACAGGAGUUUGGAAGAUGGGAUCUCAUGCGUCUUGCCGUACGCUAUUGGUGGGAAAGGGUUUGCGAGGCGAGGCGAUGGAACAGAUUUCGCGGGUGGAGAGGAGUGGCGUGGGAGAGAUAGCUUCACAGAGUUGUAUCAGCCUGGAAGACGGGCGCUUGAAGAAUUUCAGGCGCAGAGUCUGGCGGGGGUGUUGGAAAGUUGGCUGGGUAUGGUGGAGAGGGGGGAUUGGGAAGUCGAUGAGAAUGGGGUUGUGGGUCAUAUGGAGACUUGGAGGGAAGCGGAUACGGAGGAGGGGUGGAGGAAGUAUGUUAUAUCGAGUGAAGAACCAUCUAACUCCGACUGGGGUUGGUAUACAUAG